CAGGGGCAGACUGACCGUUUGGAAACUCGGGCACUGCUCGAGGGCCCGGGGUCAGUAGGGGGCCCCAUGAGAUGCCCCUGGUACCUUUUUCAUAGGCUUUUUUGAGUUUGAGCAAGGACACAGGGGCCCCAUGAUCCCCUAUUGCCCAGGGGCCCCAUGAGUUGUCAGUUCACCCCUGGCCAAGUGCCUCCUCAUCAAUGCCCACCAGUGCUGCCUCACCAGUGCUACCUCAUCAGUGCCCAUCAGUGCAGCUUCAUCAACGUACAU